AUGGAAAAUUUGUCCAACGUUAGAGCAUUAUCUACAUUGAUAGCAUGGCUGGCAAUAGCGACAAUUAUCUUGCUCAACCUAGUUCAAAAGUUCACGAGGAGUGCUAAACUUGAGUCAAGUACUAUCCCAUUGCUCAAUCGACCGAACUGGUACGAUAUCGGUGGCAUACGAGCGAGACUCGCCUUUGUGCUGAAUGCUCGUGAGCUCUUGUUGCGAGGUGCAGAGAGCGGACGGCCCUUCCGGCUGUUGACCGACAUGGGCGAACUGAUUGUGCUUCCUGCCGAGUACGGUAAAGAAAUUCGAAAUGACACCAGGCUCAGCUUUGGUGAGGUUAUAGAACAGAAUUUCCAUGCGCAACUGCCAGGUUUCGAGGGAUUUCGACAGGGAACUGCAGAUGCUCGCCUGACCCGUGAUAUCGCAAACAAGCAGCUUACCCAUUCCCUCGCGAGCGUAACGCAAGCGCUGUCAGAAGAGGCCGAGACUGCAUUACAAGCACUUUUCCCUGAUUCAAAAGAGUGGAGCGAUGUCCUGCUUCGCGAAAAAGUUCUGCAGUUGGUUGCACGGCUCUCCUCGCGCGUAUUCCUAGGCGAUGAAGGCGCACGCAGUCAAUCUUGGCUUCAAAUCACGACCGAGUACACCAAAACUGCCUACAUAGCAGCUUACAUACUGCGACUUUGGCCGCCUGUUCUCCGUCCCCUUGUGCAUUGGGUUCUCCCGCCAUGUCGGAAGCUGCGCGGACAAGUCGCCCAAGCGCGACGCAUUAUUGUCAAAAUCAUUGAGCAACGGCGCAAGAUUGGUGAGAUUAGCAAGGCCGCGAGGGAACCCAUCGCACAGUACAACGAUACCAUUGCAUGGUUUGAGCAGGACUCCCUAGAAAAGGACAGCCAGUAUGAUCCCGUGGUGGCCCAGCUCAUCUUUGCACAAGCGGCAAUCGAGACCACGGCGGAUCUUCUGACUCAGGUCAUACUGGACAUUGCAAAGAACCCUGACCUAUUUGAGCAGCUGCGUUCCGAGGUCAAUCGCGAAAUCGACAAAGGCGGAUGGACCAAGUCCUCUCUUCACAACAUGAAAUUGUUGGAUAGCGUGCUCAAGGAGAGCCAGCGUCUAAAACCACUUGCAAUGACGUCGAUGCACCGCCUCGUCCUGGAAGACGUUGUAUUAUCAGAUGGCCUUGUUCUUCCCAAAGGUGGCGUAAUUGCUGUCUCUGGGGACAGGAUGUGGAGCACUGCAGUUUAUGAAGACCCGGAUUGUUUCCAAGGCGACCGCUUCUACAAAACCCGCAUGGAAGGGGGCACUUUGGGUAACCAGGCGUACUUUGUGAGCACAGGUAUAGACCAUCUCGCGUUUGGGUACGGCAAACACGCGUGCGCAGGGCGUUUCUUUGUGGCGCAUGAAGUCAAGAUUGCAAUGAGCCACAUGUUGCUCAAUUAUGACUGGAGGAUAGCUUCGCAUUCUUCUUCCGAUGCCAAUCCUGUCCAGUUUGGAUUGACAAUGAUGGCCAACUCCAAAGCCCAGAUCUCCAUCAGAUCGCGUGCACACAAAGGCGGCUGA